UGCCGCGGAGCAGAUGGAGGGCGAGAUGAAGAGGGGCGGCGUGCUGAAGGGCCAGUGGCAUGGCAAGGGCCACGACGCGGAAAAGGUGCUGCUGAGCGAGGAGACUGUCAGCUUCAACUUCGGCAUCACCAUGCACAACCUGCUGAGUCCGCCGAUGCCGCAGCUUUGUCCCUGCGUGAGUCCGCCUGCCCCAUCCCCGUCGCUUCCGUCGACGGCCGCGUCGCUUCGCUCCCGUCUGCUGCCGAGCUGCCGUUGGUCUUCCCGCCCCCGUCACCACAGCCCGAAGCCAGUGAUGCAUGUAAGCAGCUGCCUGCAUCUGUAGGCAACACUACAGGAGAGGGGCUGCAACAAAUGGGGGAGGGAGAGGGGGAGAAAGAGGAUUCUCAGAGGCCGGUGGUCCCCCGGACGAGCAGGCAACCCCCACCACUCGCACCAGCGCCAGCCGUAGGAGCAGCAGGAGUGGUGGAGGGCACACCGCCGUCGAUUGGCGGCCGAGAGCAGGCGGCAGAGAGCGUUCAUCGGCUGGAGGGGGAGAGGCCGCCACCAUACGCGUGGCACAUGUCAGGGAGGAGACAAGGUGCCCGGCUGCUGCGAGUGCAUCCGUCCAGGUACUAAGGACACUCAAUACAUGGAUGCGCCUUAUGUGUAUUGUUAUGCUUGUGUCAGAAGACGUUGGAGGACAUUUGUGGCCCCGUCCGAGCGCAACACAAUGCCCCACGUCUUGUGUCACCGUAUUGGCUGCCCCCCGGCGCUCUGCCAACUCAACAUUCGCCCCCGCCCCCACCGCCUCCACCACCCCCGCCACCCGCACCGCUCCCACCGCCUCUGCAUCCGUACAGGGCUGGCCACGCCAUCCUGGUGCGCGCGGCGGCGCCCACGACAAGAGUGAAGAAGGGGUGGCGAUUGAACUAUGUCACGGAGGAAUAUGAGUGGUGGUGGCCGAGUCGCAAGGAGCGAGGUGUGUGGGAGGUGAGGUCUGCGCGCCAGGACCUCCAGAUGAGGGCAUGGACGCUCCUGACAACCCUGGUGGGCAGAAGUCCGCAGUCAGUCGCUGGAGAGAUCCCUGUUUAGGAGGGAUGCGUUGCGCCACCUGCUGCGUGGCCCUAUUAGUAAAUGACAAGAUGAUGUGCCGACCCGAGGAAAUUCAUGCAGGGAGGGAGGGAGGGGUGAUGGCUGACGGACGUGUACGGGUGCGACUCGACGGCGUGACCAGCAGGCGGCCGGCAGCGAGCGACAAAUCUGCAAUGCGCCUGCUGUACGGCCUCAUCAACGCAGGCGCCCUCUACCUGGCCUUCGACGUCUCGACCGCACUCCCCAACGGCAAGACCGUCGACAUCAUGACCCUCGGCAUGGUCACCAUCAAGGUCACCAUGUGCACCCAGAGGUGGACUGUGGUGUGGUAUGUGCAGAUUCUGAACGCGUUGGUUGCUGGUGGUGCGAAGGUCGUUGGUUUGACACACCACACGCAAGGCAGAGACAGCAUCGAUCCGGUGUUCGUGUUGGGUGGUGGCGAGUGGUGGAGGGGACACCGCCGUCGAUUGACAGAGACAGCAGGCGGCAUAUCGCUGCGUGCAUUUUAUAUUUCUGAGUCUCAUUUUUCAUCAUGGAUAUCUGCUUAUGUGUGA